CUGAGUUAGCACUCGCAUAACUGCUGCUUAGAGUUACAGAGUUGAACUGCCACAGAUCUCUCCUCUACUUAAACCUGAUAACUCUUUUAGCCCAAGAAUCACAAAUAACAUCUGUCAAAUGAAACAAACUUCCUGCUUUUACUGUGGAGGCUCCUGUUAGACUCAUUAUAGGAAGACAUAUUCAUAAGCGCUUGGGAUCCUGUAGAUAAAUGGUGACUUUUAAGCUCCUGAGCCUGAAAGAGCAUGAGGAAAACAGUGAUCCUCCUCAGGCUAAUGCAGACAGAGCUGAGAGCCCGGGUACUGAAGACAGGAAUGGUUCUGGAAAAUUCUUUCUCUCACAGCGGAAAAACCUUGGGCUGAGCCUCACACUUCUUCUUAGCUGUUAUUCAGCAAUCCUUGUUCCUGCUUAUCUGCCUGCUAAGCAACCAAUCUGGACUGCAAGCUCCAUGGAAAAAGAUAUGGCUAUACUGGAUCACUCAGCAGCUCUGCUGUCUCAGCCAUGUAUAAGUGGCUUUACCAAGACAAAGCUGCAAAAAGUGUCGAACUUCCACAGCCUGCUUCAGGUUCCAGUGUUCUUGCAGAAUGGAUCCAGACACUGGAAACUGACACCUCCAUUAGGUCUGCAAGGCAGUGAGAGUGCUUUGGCAAAGGCACUUAGCGUUUUGCCCUAUUGUGGACCACCCUCAGUCUCAGGCAGGUGUAGAAGAUGUAUGGUGGUUGGAAGUGGUGGAAUCUUACAUGGCAAACAUCUUGGAGCCCAUAUUGAUAAAUAUGACAUCAUUAUAAGAAUGAACAAUGCACCAGUGUUUGGAUUUGAGAAAGAUGUAGGUUCAAGAACCACAAUUCGACUGAUAUAUCCUGAAGCAGCAUCCUUCUUGCCACAAGAAUAUCAGAACACAGACAUAAUAGCUUUAGUUGUAUUCAAGAGACUAGAUUUAGAGUGGCUGACCUCUAUUGUAACAAAAAAACCUUUGAGCUGGUGGUCUAAACUGUGGUUCUGGAGAGAUGUUGUAAAUGAUAUCCCUCUUCAACCAGGCAGUUUUCGCAUCGUGAACCCUGAAAUACUCAAUCAGACAUGGCAUGUGAUGCAAUCCUAUGGGAAACAUGAAACCAAGUUAGUGCCUACUCUAGGCCUCAUUGGCGUGGUGCUGGCACUACAGCUCUGUGAUGAAGUGAGCCUGGCAGGCUUUGGAUAUGACUUUCAACAUCCUGGAUCACUGCUUCAUUACUAUGGGACUGUACGCAUGGACCACAUGAUGGCACAAGUAGUGCAUGAUGUCAGCAUUGAGCAAAUUUUACUGCGUUACCUUGUCAAGGCUGGAGUUGUGCGUGAUGUGACAGGUGGAGUGUAAGUUUGUAAGCCUCAUUUAUCAAACUGAAUAUAAACAAAUUAAUUAAUAAAUAGUCUGCUGGAACAAAUACACAAAGUUUGGGGAAAAUAAGAUAAUACAAAUCAUGUAUGUUUUUAAAUGUUUGUAUUUUAUAAGAGCUCUUGAGUUAAUGCCUAGGUCAGCUUUAAAUUAUGUAA